GGCUGCCGGCGGGCGGGCCCAGCCCAGCCCGGCCCGGCCGGGAGCGCUUCUCCGCGGCCUCCCUCGGUCUUGAUUUCAGCCUGUCAUUUUGCGUGUAAAUCACUGGGUUGGGACUCGAGUUCAGAUCAAGAUCAGAUGUGCAUUUCAAAGCCAGUAGCUGUUCUGGAGUGAUCUCAUGUGGUGGUUGGCUUCUGUGGCAGAGGCAGAGCAACGUGUGGCAGGAUGUGUGAAGGGCCAUCCAGGAUUUCUGGACCCAUUCCUCCAGACCCAACACUCUUUCCAGAGUAUUACAAACGUCCCUUCUCAGCUCGAGGGAGGCUGGAAGGAAAUGCUCAGAAGCUGUAUUUAACCUCUGGCCCCCUGGACUCUGUUCCCAACCCCUACCCUGCUUUGGGCAGUGCCCACCAGGCCCAGCCAGCCCCUCGCAUUCGCCCCAGUGGGAAGGACUUCCUGGAGAAGGGACAGAAAGGGACACUCAGCCUCUUACUGCAGCUUCAAGGGGUCUGUCUUGACGAGGGGAUGCCAGUUAAGAGGAAAGAGGCCAAGGACUACGAGAAGGAAAACGUGAGGCGGAUAAAGGAGAUUCAGAGGAAGUGCAAAGAGAAGGAGCGAGCCCAAGAGCACAGCCAGCCCAAGCCUGUGAAAGCUCUGUGGAAAUCCCAGAAAUACGAGAAUGUGGAGUCAAAGGUGAAGGCCAAGCUGCAGGAGACCUCCCCACCUCCAAAUCCCGAGGCUGUGAAUUUCCUGAGGGCAUAUUCUCGCUGUGGCUCUGGGAUCAAGCCAUGCAGGCCACUGUCCCCAAGGCCUGUCAGAGCAAAAGCAGGAGCAGACACAGAGUCUCCAGAGGCACAGGGUGCUGAAACCAAGGUGCAGGUGGAGGGCAGGAGCGUUGACUUCAUCAGGCACAAUGCCUGCAGUGCCAAGCGGGCCCCUCUGCGCCGCUCCCAGUCCCUGCAGGCGCUGGCCGAGCUGCUGGAGCAGAAGCAGCGGGAGCAGGAGGAAUACAAUGCCAAGCAAAAGGGCCACGUCCCCCAGUACCUGCUGGAGAGGAAGGAGCUGUGGCGCAAGCAGAUGGAGGAGCGGCUGCGAAACCUGCCAGACCCCGACACGCCACCCGGUCACACCAUGAUGCCCGAGAGCCAGCGGCUGGAGACCCUCAGCAAUCUGAAGCAGAGCCAGGAGCAGCUGACAAAGGACCUGGUUCUGCUGCCCAUGCGUGGAGACAGCCUCAAGAUGCAGAAGAGGCGGGUAGAGCUCGAGAGGAAGCUCUCCCAGAUAGACGAGGCGAUCAGAAUUUUCUCAAGGCCAAAAGUCUUCAUCAAGUUGGACUCCUGAGCUGGUGGGCCCAGGUGUGCUGUGCUGCUCUGCCUGAACAUCCUUUGUUGCUGGGCAGGAAUGGACAUCACUUUUUGGGAGGGAAGGAGAGGAAGCCAAGUUCCAGACCCUGGGCCCAUGCAGGUGCCGAUAAGUGUCCAAUAUGCAGCUGGCACCUCCUGCUCACCUUUCAGUGCUGUAUCUUGUCCACAGGAAAGGGGGGGAGAUGCCCUAAAAAAGGCCCUGCUCAGUGGUCUGCAGAACAAUUGUCUCCUUCUUGGCUUCUCACAGAUCAUCUCUCUGCUCUGGAUCUGUGGCAUCACCUCUUACUUUCCCUUUUUUUCCUACUUCUAGAAACUGGUAGGAGGUCUCUUGUGCUGCUGCCUGUGGUAUUCCUUGCCACUCUCUUUCUCCUGAGCUGGACCACGUUCAUGGCUCAUCCUGGGCACCUGAGAGCUCAGGGGACAGCUUGGGGACAAGAAACAGGCACAGAGCUUCAGUGUUUUCUGUCCAGGGAAGGGCUGGGCUGUCAGGAGGGUCCAGUCAGAUGUCUGGAGGAGCCUUUGUUGUCUGUGUGGCAGAAGAUACUCCAAUAAA